AGCGCGGCUGUUCUCUGAUUAUCAUUAAGCGUGGCCACGCCCGCACUUAACUUCUUACAGUAGGGAAAGCAGCUGUGUGUGAUAGCUUGGAAGGUUUACUGCUGCCUCAAGUCCUCUUCUCUGCAGUUGAGGUUUCAGGUUUCAAUCCUCCCAAUACCACAAGACAGAGCACCGGGCGGCUGCCGCCUCCGCCUCCGCCCCUUAACCUAGGGGGCUUGCCGAAGAUUUCAGCCCCGCGGCCGCGCGCUCGCCCUGCUCUAGAGCAAGGUUGGGCGCAGCGGCGGAGGUGGCUUCUGGGCUGCGCAAGCUGGGAGAGCUGGGAGGCGGCGAUCGCAGCUGGGCCGGGACUUCCUUCCUCCACCGCACGACAACAAAACAACCCUGCGGCAGGCACUGAGUGCUUGGCAGCUGUCUGGGCGAGAGGCACAGCGAUGGGCUCCGUGCUGAGCAGCGACAGCGGCAAAUCGGCGCCCGCCUCUGCCACCCCGCGGGCCCUGGAGCGCAGGGGAUACCCGGAGUUGCCCGUCACGUCCUUCGACUGCGCCGUGUGCCUUGAGGUGUUACACCAGCCUGUCCGGACCCGCUGUGGCCACGUAUUCUGCCGUUCCUGUAUUGCCACCAGUCUGAAGAACAACAAGUGGACCUGUCCUUAUUGCCGGGCGUAUCUUCCUUCAGAAGGAGUUCCAGCAACUGAUGUAGCCAAAAGAAUGAAAUCAGAGUAUGAGAACUGCACUGAGUGUGACACCCUGGUUUGCCUCAGUGAAAUGAGGGCACAUAUUCGGACUUGUCAGAAGUACAUAGAUAAGUAUGGACCGCUACAAGAACUUGAGGAGACAGCAGCAAGGUGUGUAUGUCCCUUUUGUCAGAGGGAACUGGAUAAAGACAGCUUGCUGGAUCAUUAUGUUACUCAUCACAGAUCGGAAUGGAGGCCUGUGUUCUGUCCACUUUGCCGUUUAAUACCCGAUGAGAAUCCAAGCAGCUUCAGUGGCAGUUUAAUAAGACAUCUGCAAGUUAGUCACACUUUGUUUUAUGAUGAUUUCAUAGAUUUUAAUAUAAUUGAGGAAGCUCUUAUCUGAAGAGUCUUAGACCGGUCACUUCUUGAAUAUGUGAAUCACUUGAACACCACAUAAUUUUAUUAAAACGAAGGGAAAAGGGACCACUGAAUUGCACCAUUUAAGAUGCUGCUUGAACAAAUUGGAGGGAAGUUGUCAAUGCUUGAUGGGCAAAAAUGUACAACACAGUUACAUGUUUGUCCAUGUUUAUUGUUAUAGUGCAUUUAAAAACUGCUUUAAUUUUGAUGGUUUAAAUCUGUUUUACAUCCUUGAGAUUCUUACAUAUCUAAUAAUGAAAAAAAUCGUCUACAUCAGUCAUUAUUAUAUAGAAAAGACACAUGGUAGGCAAGUAGGUGGAGGGUCUCGGUUUGCAAAUUAGAUAACACUGUGUGUAUAAUGCUACAUAUUAAUAACUACCAUCAUGGUUAGGCACGAUAACUAAUCUUUGUUCUAUGUAAAAAAACAGAGAGUGGAACAAAGUGCAGACAUUCAAAGAAACAAGAAAUCUGCUCCAGUGCUCUUGUUCUAAUCUCUAAUAGAUUAACGUUAAUAAUCUUGUACGGGAGUUGGAAAGGAAAAUUUUGGAAGUCAAGAAAGUCCAUUUAGGCUGGACACGGUAGCUCAUGCUUGUAAUCCCAGCACUUUGGGAGGCUGAAGCGGGUGGAUCAUGAGGUCAGGAGUUCGAGACCAGCCUGGCCAAUACUGGUCUUUGUGAAACUCCGUCUCUACUAAAAAUACAAAAAUUAGCUGGACGUGAUGGCAGGCACCUGUAAUCCCAGCUACUUGGGAGGCUGAGGCAGAAAAAUCACUUGAACCCAGGAGGCAGAGGUUACAGUGAGCCGAGAUCAUGCCAGUACACUCCAGCCUGGGCGACAGAGCUA